ACUACUCCGCAUCAUUUACUCAUGUAUCAAACGAUGGUGUGCGCUGGCGAUUGACCAUAGUUGGGUUUAGUAUCCGCUCUUAGGAUACGCAUAUAUGUAUACCUUUUUUUUUUUAAACCAGUAGAUAUAUCCUGAUGCCGUUGAGACAGUAAACAAGCUACUUUGUCCAGAGACAGCCGCACAACACCCUGGAAAUGGAAAGGGGUCUACGUCGAGUCCUCAGACGCUCCACCUCAACUUUGCUAGUUAUGUGCCUAACAUGUGUGCCUAUAUCAUCGCCAUUAUCGACAUUACUACCUGCCUACUUUACCCUUCUUAGCCGCACCCCAGGUCCCCUAGGCGACGUAGAAGGCUCCUCCGUUAUAUCGCCAUGUCGCCCGAACACCUUAGAACACACAUCCGUAUUUUCUUCGCCUGAGGUGGUUCAGCGAUAAACCAAAGCGGCGCGUGAUGCCGCCCGAGAGAA